AUGUUUAAUUAUUAUGCUACUAGUUUACAAGCUAGUGAUUUCUAUGUUCAAAAUUUACCUCUUCUACCAGAAACUGAAUCUACGAUUCGUAUGCAUGCUGGAUAUUUACCAGUUUGUUCAAAAAAUGAUGGUGAAUUAUUUUUCUGGCAUUUUGCUAACAAAUUCACAGGUGAUAAACCAAGAACAAUCAUUUGGUUAAAUGGAGGUCCUGGUCAAAGUAGUCUCAUCGGAGCUUGGACAGAAAUUGGUCCUUUUCGCUUUUUAGAUCAAAAUACCAUAGUUACAAAUAAUGGUUCAUGGCAUUUCUAUGCUAAUCUUUUAUUCAUUGAUCAACCUAUUGGUACUGGGUUUUCUUAUGUUGAUAGAUGGAUGUUUAUUGAAGAACUCGAUGUAAUGGCAGAACAUUUUCUCAAUUUUCUCGAUCGAUAUGUUGAGAUAUUUCCAGAAUUACUUGAAGAAGAUAUUUAUUUAGCUGGUGAAUCUUUUGGUGGUCAAUAUAUUCCUUAUAUUGCAAAAGCAAUUCUUGAAAAACGAUCAUUACUGAAACUACGUGGUCUUCUCAUUGGAGAUGGAUGGAUUGAUCCGAUUUCUCUUUAUAAUUCAUAUUUACCAUAUGCAAUUGCAAACAAUUUAGUAGAGAAUAAUUCAAUACUUUAUACUAACAUUAUUCGUCGAGUUGCAAUAUGUCAAGACAUAUUAUCGAAACAUGUACAUAUUUUUAUUAGUGAAUGUUAUUCUAUUCUUGAUCUGAUAAUGAAUAGUGGUACAAUUAGAGAACAAGAUGUAGAAAAUACAGAAGAUUCAUGUAUCAAUGCUUAUGACAUACGAUUAAGUGCAAAAGAACCGAUGUGUGGAAUGGCUGGACCAUCUGAACUUGAAUAUGUUUCCGCUUAUUUAAAUCGACCAGAUGUUAUGUCUAGUAUUCAUAUAGAUGGAAAGAAAUCUCAAUGGAAAGAUUUUACAGAAUUGGUUUAUAACUCAUUUCAAGCAUUUAAUUCUAAACCAUCUAUUCACUUGUUACCUAAUUUACUUUCAAAAAUUCCAAUUGUAUUUUAUAAUGGUGAAUAUGAUUUUAUUUGUAAUCAUUUGGCAGCAGAGAAUAUGUUAGAUAAUAUGACAUGGAACGGUGCAUCUGGAUUCGAUUUAGGAAAUGGAAAGGUCGCUCCGAUCUAUGCAUGGGUUGUUGAUGGUGAAUCUGUAGGUUCUAUACGCUAUGCACGUAAUUUAACUUAUAUUCUUUUCUUUAAUGCUGGUCAUAUGGUACCUUAUAAUCAGGCACGUCGAUCACAAGCUAUGCUACAUCAAUUUAUACAACUGAAUUUAACUUAUCCUAACAAUCAAACAAUAGAUAAUAAUCAUAAAAAAGUUAAUGAGAAUACGCACCGUGGUUUGAAGUAUAUUAUAUCAAUUGUAUGCAUUAUUAUUGUAGUUGUUAUUAGUAUCAUUUGGUUUCUUGCUCCCAAACGACGACAACCACGACAACGACAAUUAGUGCAAUAUAUAAGAGAUAAUGAUAAUAAUGACGAAUCUGGUGACCCGUUGAUAAAACCUGGAGAAUAA